AUGGCAUGUAAGGCUAAUAUUGCUCCAUGCAGUAUCCACAGUCCGCACCCUCCACUUCACAAGUAUCAUCAGUCUGGGAACCUCGUCCUGGGUGGCGUUGUUUCUCUGAAUUUCAUCAACUCCAAUUCAACAGCCUUCACCAAAAAACCUCCACCAGCCCUGUUUGAUGACAUUAGUAUGGUGCCUAAGAAUUACCAGCACAUCUUGGCCAUGGCAUUUGCGGUAAAGGAGAUCAAUGAAAACCCUCAGCUCUUACCCAAUGUCACCUUGGGCUUCCAUAUUUAUGACAACUAUUUUGAUGCCAAGAGGACUUAUCAUGCCACAAUGCUUCUUCUAUCUACCUUCAAAAGAUUUGUUCCUAAUUAUAUUUGUGACACACAGAAUCACCUGAUAGCAGUUAUUGGAGGACUGGACUCUCAAAUUUCUCUUUACUUGGCAACUAUCUUGGAUAUCUAUAAGGUUCCACAAUUAAUGUAUAGUCCUGCUCCAGUGAUGCCUGAUAAGGCCCCAGGCCUUCCUUUUUACCAAAUGGUUCCUAGACAAGAGCUGGAAAAUGAGGGGAUUCUUUCUUUGCUUCUGCACUUCAGGUGGACAUGGACUGGAACUGUGGUUAUGGAUACAGAGACUGGAGAAAGAAUUGUGCAGAGUGUGCUCCCAAAGUUUUCUCAGAGGGGUGUCUGCUUUGCCUUCAUAGAAAGAAUCCCCAAGAUAACAUUUACCACUGAAAUCACGGGCUUAUUAGAACAAGGACCAAAGAUAAUUGACAAAGUGAUGGGCAGCACAGCUAAUGUAAUAGUGGCCUAUGGAGAAUCGUAUUCCUUUGUGUAUUUUAGAUGCCUUUCAUAUUUACCUGCCACAAAGACACUUAAAGGAAAAGUGUGGAUAUCAACUGCUCAGGUGGAGCUUACGUCCAUUAUCAGUCAAAUGACUUGGGACACAGAAAUAUUCCAUGGCGCUAUAAGUUUCACAAUCCAUACAGCCGAUCUAUCAGGAUUUGAACAAUUUCUUAACAGCAGGGACCCCGUGAGCCCCCAAGAGGACGGUUUUCUUAGGGACUUUUGGCACCAGACCUUCUGCUGCAUCCCCCCCAAAAGUUUUGCUGGCACUGUGGAUGGGGAAGUUUGCAUAGGAAAAGAGAAGUUGACCAGUCUUCCCGCCUUUCUUUUUGAAAUGAAAGUGAAUGGGCACAGCUACAGCAUCUACAACGCCAUCUAUGCUGUGGCCCAUGCUUUACAACCCGUACACAUCUCUAGGCUCAAACACAGGACCAAAGUGUUCAGGGAAGGACUGAUGCCUCAGAAUCAACCAUUUUGGCAGCUUCAUCAUGCCCUGGGAAAGGUCUCAUUUAACAAUAGUGCUGGAGAUGAAGUUUCUUUUGAUCAGAAUGGGAAAUCCACUGCUGGGUUUGACCUUAUCAACUGGAUAAGUUUCUCAAAUGUAUCUAAAGUGAAAAUUGGAAAGCUAGAUCCAAGGCUCCCUUCAGGGCAAAGAUUCUCCCUCCGAGAGGAUGCGAUCACAUGGCACAGCUGGUUUAAUCAGACCCAACCUCGUUCUGUAUGCACUGAAAGUUGCUAUCCUGGUUCGAGCAAGAAAAUGCAGGAGGGGAAGCCAUUUUGCUGCUAUGAUUGUCUCCCUUGUCCAGAAGGGAAGAUUUCUGACCAGGAGGAUAUGCCUGACUGUUACAGCUGUACAGACAAAACCUAUCCAAACAGAAAACAUGACCUUUGCUUAGCCAAAGAUGUGACCUUUAUGUCUUAUGAAGAGCCUUUGGGGAUCAGCCUAGGUUUGGUUGCUCUUUCCUUUUCAUUAAUCACAGUUCUGGUCCUUGGAACAUUUAUAAAGCAUCACAACACUGCUAUUGUCAAAGCCAACAACUGCAGCCUGUCCUACACCCUCCUUGUCUCCCUUCUGCUCUGCUUCCUUUCUACGUUUCUGUUCAUCGGACGACCACAUCAAGUAACCUGUCUCCUCCAGCAAAUUGCCUUUGGCAUCACCUUCUCAGUGGCUGUUUCUUGUGUGUUGUCAAAAACCAUCACAGUAGUGCUGGCUUUCAUGGCCACCAAGCCAGGAUCAAGGCUGAGGAAGUGGAUGGGGAAGAGAGUGACUUACUCCACUGUACUUUUCUGCUCCCUUAUUCAAGUGGGCAUCUGCUCUGUGUGGCUGGCAAGUCAUCCUCCAUUUCCAGAUGCUGAUCUGCAUACAGUGCCUGGAAAAAUUGUCUUAGAAUGUAAUGAGGGAUCUGUGGCAAUGUUCUACUGUGCCUUUGGCUACCUGGGUCUCCUGGCCAUUAUAAGUUUCACUGUGGCUUUCCUUGCAAGGAAGUUACCAGAUAAUUUCAAUGAAGCAAAAUUUAUCACUUUCAGCAUGUUGGUCUUCUGUGUUGUUUGGUUAUCUUUUAUUCCUUCCUACCUGAGUACUAAAGGGAGAUACAUGGUAGCUGUGGAGGUCUUCUCCAUCUUGGCCUCCAGCGCUGGCUUACUUUUCUGCAUCUUUUUUCCUAAGUGUUACGUUAUUGUACUGAGGCCUCAGUUGAACAAAAGGGAACAAUUGAUUAGAACAAUGAAUUGA